AUGUCCAAAUUUUUUCCAUCAUAGGUGGCUGAUUGGUAUGGUAUUGGUAGGGUUUUCUUUUCUUCCUAUUAAAAUCAACUUCCAUAGCUCUCUCUACAUGCAUGAAAUAUAUAUGUGCAUUGCUACUCUCAAUUGAUGAUUUUAUAUGGAGUGGGAGUUGGGAGUUAAGCUCAAGUUUUGAGGUCUACAAUCAUCAUCAAUUCAGCAGUUCCUAUCCUUGUUUUUUUUGUUAAUUGAUUGUAAUCAGGCAUAGCAUGACCUUUUGAUCUGGCUCCGGAUCAGCUACUGCUUCAAAUUCAUUAAUUUCUAGUAGCUUACCUUAAAAGGCUUCAUACAGCAAUAAAUUUUCACAAAAUGCCUUAAAUUUAACUGCAAGUCUUCUCCCACAGUCACAGUGUGAGCCAAUACCUUCAUGAUCUUGUGUUGCAGCUCCGAAAAAUGAAGUUCAUGAAACUCGGAAGCCGUCCCGACACAUUCUACACCGAGGAGGCAACUAGGGCUGUGAUGUCUGAUGUACCAAGUGAUCUCACCAUCAAGAUAAACAACAUCAGUUAUCUUCUCCACAAGCUGCAGUACCCUCUUCUCCCCAAGUGCGGGCUGCUACAGCGCCUCUACUCGGAGGCAGACGACGCCACUCUCGAGCUACACGACAUCCCGGGAGGAGAAGAGGCCUUCGAGCUCUGCGCCAAGUACUGCUACGGCAUCACCAUCAACCUCAGCGCCCACAACUUAGUCUCGUCUCUCUGCGCGGCUAAGUUCCUCCGCAUGACCGAGGCCGUUGAGCCCGGCAACUUGCUCAUCAAACUCGACUCCUUCUUCUCCUCCUGCAUCCUCCAAAGCUGGAAAGACUCCAUCGUCACACUCAACAGCACCUACAGCCUCUUCGACUGGUCUCAGAGCCUCGGCAUUGUCAGAAGAUGCAUAGACUCCAUCGUCGACAAGAUCCUCACGCCUCCAAACAAGGUCACAUGGUCUUACACCUACACCAGGCCGGGAUACGACAAGGCGCGGCGCCACCAGUCCGUGCCAAAGGACUGGUGGACGGAGGACGUAUCUUUCCUCAACGUCGACAUGUUCCGAUGCAUCCUUGCGGCCAUCAAGUCCGCCAACGCCCUGCAGCCGCAGCUCAUUGGGGAGGCUCUCCACGUCUACGCGUCUCGCUGGAUGCCAGAGAUCGCGCGCGAUGAUGACGAGGCCUCCACUUCUCGAGAAGACGAGGCCAAGCGUCGCCUCCUCGAGACUGUUGUGAGCCUCAUCCCGGCAGAGAGAGGGUCUGUCUCCUUCAGGUUCCUCCUCAGGCUCCUGAGCUUCGCGAACGUCGUGGCAGCUUCGCCUGCAACGAAAGCCGAGCUGCUGAGGGUGGCGGGCCAGCAGCUCGAGGAGGCGACGUUGAACGAUCUGCUGCUGCUUCCUGGUCGAUCAGGUGAUGAGAGCUCGUACGAUGUGGAGCUGAUUCAGACGGUUUUGGAGAGUUUCCUGAGGCAGUGGAAGAGACAAGUCCCCAUUGAUGAGAGGGAAUCCAUGAAAUCAAUAUGUAAGAUUGGGAAGCUCAUUGACUACUAUCUGCAAGUGGUGGCCAGAGACGCCGGCAUGACGGUUCAGAAAAUGACGUCGCUGGCCGAGACUCUGCCGGGAAUCGCACGCCCCGACCACGACCAUCUCUAUAAGGCGAUCAACAUUUAUCUCAAGGAGCAUCCUAAUCUGAGCAAAGCAGAGAAGAAGCAGCUCUGUCGAGUUUUAGACUGCCAGAAGCUGUCACCAGAGAUAUGCGGUCAUGCUGUGAGGAACGAGCGGCUGCCGCUGAGAACUGUGGUGCAGGUUCUCUACUAUGAACAUGAGAAAGCAAACUGUAACGCCUGCAGAAAGCAGGCGUCUCCGGAUGAGACAGAGAGAGGCGCGCCUAGCACCAGCAGAGUUCACGAAAAAUCAAAUCUGUUGAGACCAGAACCAAGUUUUAAGGUGAGAGGAGAAGUCACGGAAAGCAAAAAUGGCAGGGCUUCAGUUGUUGAGCUGAAUUCGAGAGAGAAGGCGUUGAUCAGAAGAAUAUCGCACAAGUCACACAGCUAAGUCUAAGGCAAAGGAACAUUGCCAUCCACACUCUAUAUAGUUGUGUAAUUAUGCACCUGUAAAUGUAAAAGCACCAUUAUAUGUGUAAAUCUGAUUCUUUGUUGCUCAGUGAA